AUUAUAAUCGUGCCGUUGGGAUCUCGUGAGGAAUAUUAAUUAAAACGUUCGUAGAAGCAAUAUAGAAAAAAAAAAAAUAAAUAAUAAAACAUAGAAAGAGAACUGUAAGUAAAGUAUAUACAUAAAUAAAUAAAUAAAAAGAAAAAUGAUAUUGAAUAUUAAUAUUGAACACAUACAUAUAUACAUAUAAUCCCAUGUUUCAAACAAAGAACUCUAUAUACGUGAGCGUUAAAUAUAAAGUGAUAUACGUAUGUGUGUAUAUAUAUAUAUAUAUGUAUAUAUAUAUAUAUAUAUACACAUAUACCUAACACUUAACGAAGCAAUUAGGUAUGUGAAAAAAAAAUAUAUCUAUAUAUAUAUAUAUAUACAUAUUUAAAUGUUAGAAUUGGAUUUAAGAGCUUUAAGCAAAGAAAAAAGUUAACCAUCGUAUAUUUGUUAUUCAAUAAAGUUUUGAAUGGAUAUAGUACGUACGUUAAAUCUCAUGAAGUAUGCGCCGAGAUCCUAAGCUACCGUAAAUAUAUAUAUAUAUCGCGUAUUAAUUAACUUAUUAAAAUGAGUAGAAAUAAUUUAUGAUAUUAUAGUGUUUCACCCCUUAAUGAAAAUGCUAAGAGGUACAUAUAUAUAUAUUUACAAAUAAAAACACAUAUGCGUCUAUAGAAACGCGAUGUAUCAUAACGUCAGCUUUAUCUAUUAAUAAUCUAACGGGUUAUAAAAAAAAAAAAAUAUAUAUAUAUAUAUAUAUACACUUGUCAAUGUAUCGUUCUUUUCGUCGUAGUAUAAUCAAGAGACCCACGGACAAAGAAAAAAUAUUUAAAAAGAGGAAAAAAAAAAAAGAAAAAAAGAAAAAUAGAAAAAAAAAAAAGAUUCGAAAGAAUGAAAAGGAUCGCUCGUGUCAGAUGAUUCGUCUCUCUCUCGUAUGAACGUGUAAAGAUUUUAUUUCUCGACAAAAUAUAAAAAGAAAAAGAAAAAAGAGAAUCCGAAGGAUAAGAACUAUCGGGAAAUAUUGAAAAAUCGAGAAACAUUAUUUAUAUAAAUUUGUUACAUCGGGAGAACGAAGGAAAGAAAGAGAAAAAGGGAGGGAGAGAGAGAGAGAGAGAGAUAAUAAAUGACGGAUAAUAAACGAAAUUAUUUUGGAGUUUGCCUACAAUCUUCCGUUGCGGAUUCGGAAAUCCACGUGGUCGCGGCUUAAUUGCCGUGCACCUACUCCCGGUACGAAACGCGAGUCAAUUCAAUUCGCGAAAAAAAUUUCGCGAACGUCUACGUCGUCAUCUCUCGCCGUUGUUCAAUAACUAUUAGACGAAACUGUAAACCAACAAAAACAGUUGAUUGUUUAUCAAUCCGACAAAUCGACGCGAUUACCAUAUUGGCACAACCAUACCACCACCACCGCCACUACUCACGUAUUGAUCAACGAUGAAAAAAUAUGAAAGAAAGAAAAAAAAAAGAAAAAAAAAGAGCGUGUUGUAAAUUUUGCAAGUAUUAAAAUGAUAAAGAAAAUUACAUCAAUGUGAAGUAAAAUUUUAAUAAAACGGAUCAAGAACCGAUCAAGAAGACGAAUCAAUAGUUACGUUGUGAUCGUUUGGCGAUUUUCAGUGUUCAAAAUUUUGAAGAAAACAAAAAAAGGAGAAAAAAUUGUUGAAGUACGUACGGAUCCGUAAUACGAGACGAGAUAAUAUAUGCUGAUUAAAACGUGAUCGAUAGAUAAAGGAAUAUAUAAAGUGGAGGACAAAUAAAAAUAAAAAAAAAAAAAUAAAAAAUUGAAGGGGUCGAGAGAGGUUGGAGAGGGGAUAGAAUGGAGGAC